AUGCCUCUGACUCGGCGACCCAAUCCUGCCUCCGUGCAAAAUAACGGGCGCCAAAGCACCACCGGACCUCGACCGAAGACCCCCGUCGUGAAGUCCCCGCGGAGCACUGGCACGAGACGGAGCGCGCGCCUUCAAUACGCCCAACCAUCCCUUACCCCCGCACCCGCUCCUCAGCCAGCACGAAGCAAACGGAAGCGCCUGCAUGAAGACUCUGAAGCUCAAGCUGAAACCGACGCGUCGAGACGCGUGUGCCCUUCCAAACAGCCCCUCCGCCCCCUCCGCCCCGAACACAAGCGCAUUAAAGAGAAUCUACAAAGAGGCCUUGACGCCGAACCCAACGGGUCAGCGGGCGUGCACCCUUGCAAACAGCCACGAGAACCCCAUCCCGACCCCAAGCCCCCCGAAGAGAACGUACAAACAGACCUUGAAGCUGAAGAACUCCCUCCUUCCAAAGACCAGCUCUCUGAGAAGAACUUGCGGUUAUUGAGAAUAUUGAAUGGUGAAGAGAUGGACUCCGCAGGCAACAAUGCUCCGACUCUCAGUCGGACGCCGUCACGGCGCUCCAUGGUCACGUCAGAAGCGGGGACAGAAACAACCCGACGCACUUCGCACUCGGCCCUCGUCUAUCGCCAGACCAAUCUUAAAGACGUCCGGAUUCGCAUACACGCGGAGCCGCCUGAUCACAUCCAAGCCGCUAUCGACCGCAUUGUCACCGCCGAAGUCUCACAGGAGCGCAGAUCCGAACUCCGCGUCAUAGCCCAAGAACUGCGCAACCGUUUGUUCUACUUUGUUCGGGCUGAGGCUAACGAGGAGAACUUUAUCAAGCCACUUGACAAUGCUAUCGAGGCCCUACGUCUCAGGAGCCUCGGUGUCAUUUCAAAAGGUGACUGGAGAGUGGAUCUUAAGCCAGUGGUGUACAAGCCCCGGAACUACGGCCACGACAUUAUGCACAGGAGCCAGCAACGAGAGGUUGACGACGUCUCGGCUCCACUGGGGGAGCGCCGGCAGCAUACGCCAGCCAACGACCCCCAGUCAUCGAGCAUACCACCUUGCCUUCCCCCUCCCCGGACCUCGGUCAAAACCCCCCGUCCCGACAUCUCAAUAGGUAUAGAGUUCACGGCUCUCAUCUCUUCUCUCGCAGCGGAAAAUCUCACCGAGGAGCAGGUCAGCGAAUUCCUCGAUUGGCUCCAGGAAGAGAUGGUACAGCACGAGCCAAACGGGCCGCUAGAGUCAUUACUGAAUCCGGUACCCGGACCACGUACUUUGAACCUCGCCUUCCCUUUUUUUGUUGUCGAGGGCAAGGCCUACUCGACAGGCCAACAAAUCUACGAGGCAGAGAACCAAGCUUCGGUUUCCGCGGCUUGUGGACUCAAGAUACAGCUUGAUCUUGAAAGCCUAGUAAAUUCCGUCGCAACAAAGUGCGAUCUUUCACCUACAAUGUCGAACACUGGGCCGCCGCUCUUCUUCGCCAUCUGCACCCAAGGCCCCAUUCACGAGCUUUGGGCCCAUUGGACUGUAGCUGAUGUUGGUUCUCGCAAGUUCGGCUCGAAGCUUUUGGACAGUUGGAAUGUGCUGUUGUUGGACCGGGGACAGGACCUCAUGAUUGCACUCAAUAACAUCGGCACUUGGGGUGCAGGGUCGUUUAUGGAAUCAAUCGUGGAGCAUCUGAGGUUUGUGGAGAAGACCAUGAGGUCCUGGAAUGAGUCCCAUGUCUAG